AUGUUUUCAACAAAAUCUCCUAGUUUAAGAGUUAAUGAAAAAGAUCUUAUUUGUAAAAAUAAUUGCGGAUAUUAUGGUAAUCCAGUUUGGGAUGGAUAUUGUUCGAUUUGUCACAAAAAUUUACCCAAAAAUGAUAAAGAUGCGUCAUUCGCACGAAAAGAACGGAACGAUGAUAAAUUAUUACAAUUCAACAAAAUUCAAAAAAACAAAACAAAACAAAAUUUAGAUAAACGUUCUACUGGAACAUUUAAAAAAAUUUCUAGUCUUAUCAGUAAACCAUCAAGUACUAGUACUACUAGAAGAACUGAUUUUACAAAUGAAAGUUUUCACGAAAAUGAAGAACUUCAAAAAAUCGAUGAAGAAUAUUUUCAAAUGUUUGAUGCAUCGAAAAGAAGUGUAUUUUCUGAUGUUAAAAAACAAUUAAGAAAUAUUUUAAAUUAUGCUCUUAAAGGAGACAAAACUAUCGAUGAAUUAUCAGAAGUUAUUCAGAACUCAUAUAAGAUAUUUGCCAAAAGAAUGGAAGGCACACUGAUAUAUGCCGAGACAAAUCAACAUGAAAAAGAAGUUUUACUUGAUUAUUUUGAGAAAUAUUUAACAACUUGUUUAUAUGAUUUAUUGUUUUCAUCUCCUGCGACAAAUGAUGAUGAAAAAGAUUUAGCAGUUCAAAACAGGAUAAGACAAUUGAGUUGGGUGGGAACAAAACAUUUAGACUGUGCCAUUGAUGAAACAAAUGCAGAAGUUCGUGAUUUAGUUUACAAUGCUAUAAUGGAUCUCCUUGGUUUGGAUUCUGCUAAAGCUCCUCAAGAUAAAUUAGGUUGUGUUGUGAAAUGUUGUCGAAGCAUAUUUAUUUUACUUCAACAAUCAGUUGGAGGACCUGCUUCUGCAGAUGAAUUUUUACCUGCAUUAAUUUUUAUCGUUUUAAAAGCUAAUCCGGCCAGAUUUAAAAGUAACGUUAAUUACAUAACAAAAUUUUGUAAUGAAAGCAGGUUGAUGGCUGGUGAAGGUGGAUAUUAUUUUACUAAUUUGUGCUGUGCGCUUAGUUUUAUUGAAAAUUUGACUGCCGAAUCUCUUUCAAUGGUUCAAGAUGAAUUCGAUCAUUACAUGUCUGGAGAUUUUAUUUUGCCAAACGCUUGGGAUUCUGGAGUUUUCAUGCUCGAGAGCAUGCAUUUAAUGAACGAACAUUUUUCGACGUUCGAUGACUUGUUCGUGAGGCAAAAAAAUUUAAUAUCAAACGCUACAAUGUUACGAAACGACAUGCUUAGUUUUUUACAAGAAGUAACGACAAGCGCUUCGAAUAUUUUAAAACGAACGCCGUUGGAAGUUCGAAGGAAAAAAAUGUUACCGAAUUUAGAUUACGAGGAUCCGAAAAUAAAAGACUUGCCUUCUCCUAUAACGCCGGAAAUAGUACAACACGUUAAAAUCGAACCCAAACUAAGAGAAGAACUGACCGCCGAAUGUAAUUUAUUUGCUGAAACUCUUAAAUUAUCGGAAGAUUUAAAAUUUCCAUUAAUCGAAUCGAAAAGUAUGGAAGAUUUAAAAUUAAAAUACGUUAAUUACGAUAUUGAUUUGUCGGAUUUGAGUACGGAUAAUAGUUCCGCGGAAGACGAUUCGAAAAUAAGUCGUUCCCUUUUGCAAUAUUCAAUGAUGGAUGGCGGUGAUAUACAAAAUUCAAAACAACUACCUACCGACUUAAAUAUUGUACCUGAAAAUUCAUUGAUAGAUUCUUCAGAUUCCCCCACUUCCACAAAUUUAUGGCUUCCGUCUCCGCUUAAACCCACUCAGGGCGUUUUUUUUACAAAUACGAAUGACAUACCUAGCAUACCUUGUUUUACAGGAGAAUUUCAGUCCACAAAUCAAGAAUCACAAUUCAAACAAGAUAAUUCCAAAGUUUAA